AGCCGCUGCUUCCUCGAGCUGGAGGCGCUUCCGGGGAGCCCCCGCGGGGCUCACGGCCGACCCGCGCGGCGCUCUCCCACUGCUGCUCGACCUCGGCCCCCCGCCGGCCGCAUGCUGGCCACGGUGCACCAGCCGCUCGCGCACGGCGGCGGCGGCUCGUCCGCCGCGGGCGCGGCGCUCGCGCUGGUGGCCGACCUGCUCCGCGAGACGGACGCCCCGCUGGCGGAGGAGCUCGCCCACAGCGGCGUGCUGACCGUGCGCCUGGACCGCCGGGCCGAGGUGUGGGUCGGCGUGGACAUGCGCGCGCGCCCUGCCAGGGACGCGGACUCCCUGAAGGUGCUCGUGGUGAUCGAGCCGCCGGCGGUGCAGAGCCUGUGCACGGACGGGUUCGACCUCGUCCUGACCUGGUGGGACGAGCACCUUCGGGCGCUCCCGGCCGCCCGGCUCUUCCUCGCCGCCACGCCGUGGCUCGUGCCGGGCGAGUGGGCCCCGGCGCACGCCCCCAAGCGCCCCGGGGUCGGCUUCCUGCGCGGGGCGAAGAGGCGCACGGAGGGCCACAGGCUGCGGCACGAGCGCCCCGCGGUCGCCGUGCCGCCUCACUUGCUGGGAGCGUCGGGGGCUCUUGUGUUGCUCGGUCGGGGCACCUGCCAGGACGCUGCAGACCUCAGGCCGAAGGCGAGCCACGGCCUGAAGGAAUACUUCCCGGGGACUCGGCUGGGCGACCGCGGCCACGAGAUUUGGGAGGCGCGCGAGCAGCUGGAGCGGCGCGCGGGCGUCCCCGUGGACUUCGAGGCUGGCGGGGGCGUGUCGAGGGCCGACAGGAACCGCCAGUUCUCCUAUCAGUUUGUGCUGGUUGUGGAGAACUCGCGCCACCGCAACUACUUCACCGAGAAGCUGCUGGACGCUCUCCUCAGCAGGUGCAUUCCCGUCUACUGGGGCUGCCCCAACAUCGCCGACUUCUUCGAGGAGGCGGGCUUAGUGGUGGUCGGGGACGGCGGGUCCCUGUCAGACGUGGAGGUCGCCCUCGGGGCGCUGUCGGAGGCCGCGUACGCGGCCCGCCUCGAGAGUGCCGAGGAGAACUUCGAGCGGGCAAGGCCAAUCGCCGCCGUCGCCACAACCGUCUCGGACGAGAGGGGGUGGGGGAAAGGGGCCUCCGGAGACUGGUUGCCGGCCCUGGGGCUGCCAGAGCGCAAGUGGUCCGACCGAACAAUGAACUUGUGA